AUGAGCUUGGAGCAUUUGGCUCCAUCCCGGCGAAAGGCCUUUGUCUUUGCCGAAUUCUUGGGAGGAGGAAGGGUUUUCAAGGCUCAUUCAUGCGGCAAUGGCCGCUUCAUCCAGGGCGCUCCAAACCAAGACCUCGAGAUCUGCUUCAUCCUCUGCAAGACCCCGAGCUCAUUGGACGUCACAAUCUACGAAGACAACCUCAAACAGUGGUUGCGCGCAAUCACCUCGCUGCGUAACCGCCUCAUCAUCACAUACUUUGGCAUCUUAACCAGCAUGAAGCGUCUAGCACCUCGCUGCCCCGAAAUGAGUGCCAAGUUCAACCAGGAUAGGAGAGAGGGACGCAGCUUCGACGCACUCGAGUUAUUUGUCCGUCAUUUCCUCCGUGAAGGCUCGGUAUCUGCCUUCUCGGACUUUGAUCCUCUACAUGAAAGCGGCAUUCUUACAGACACCCAUCGUCGUGACAUUUUCAACCAAACCCGCUCUAUGUCUGCAAGUCUCGACCUUCUGGACGAAGCCGUCGACGAGAUUGACGACUGGGAUAUCAAAGCGCUAGAUAACUCUUUGCACUUCGUUAAUGAGCCCUCCCAAUCCCAACUACUGACUGUUAUCAGACGACGCGAGGCCCAACAACGUAGAGCCGUGGCCCAUCGGUUACUCGCAAAGGUUACCAACUCAUACCAAAGACUGCUCGGAGCAAGCACCAUGCAGGGCGUUUCUGCAGGAGCCAUGGCAUUUGCGAAUCAGAUCGGCACCAGAGAGUCCGUCUGUAGGAGCGGAACACGUGCGAUUCGGGACAUCUGCGAAGGCUACAUGCCACGUAACCUCUCAGACAUCGUCAACGCAUUGCAGGUUGCAAAUGCAAUGCAGUCGGUUGUGCCACCUUCAAACCUAGGGUACUCGAAGAAAGAAUUCAUUGAUGACAUCCCACAAUGGGCUUCUCUUUUGAGUCCGGAUGAUCAACCCCUGUUCUUCGAAAUUGCUUCCCAUCUUUGGGGAAUUCCAAUCGCAACAAUUUCCAUCAACCAAGCAAGCGAUACAAGAGAGUCUACCUACCAAUGCCCCCAUGCCGCCCAAUCCAGAGAACGGGUCGCCCAGUGUGUCGUCACAUCUGACGGCUUCACCACCUGCCACUACCAUCUCAUCCUCCACAGUGACCACAGCUACACCUGGCUUGACUACCAUGAGGGCUUUGAUGGACGGAACAAUGUGCUGCGCCAUUUGCAAUUCAAAAUUUAA